UUUCACUUUUCCAGUUGUCAGGACUUUAGACAUGUCUAGACCACUUGUUGACAGAAUACAUUUACCAGGCCCCAAUCCUUCCUCACACAUCAAAAGACGCUACCUCGUCUAUUUCAUCACGGGCAAUCCAGGCUUGGUUGAAUACUAUGAUGCCUUUCUCUUGCACUUAUAUAUGAUUCUGGGGCCAGAAAACGAUAGAAAGCUUUUCAGUAGCGAGAAUGCUUUCGAUAUUUACGCAGCCAGCAUUCCAGGGUUCGACUUUGCUGACCCGGACAACGCGUAUGAGAGAUGGAAGAGGAUGGGAUUGAACCACGCACCGCCCUUUUCGCUAAAUGAGGUUAUCGAUGGCAUGGAGGCAGAGCUUUGGGGGGCUGUUGAGCUUACGAAACGCGAUGGAGAGCAGCUAGAGGUCAUUAUCAUGGGACAUUCUCUUGGCUCCUUCAUUACACUGGAGCUGAUUCAAAGGCACCGACGCCGCCUCGAGAAUGGACAAAAUGAACCUUGUGUUAUUACUGCAGGUAUUUGUCUCUUCGCUACCGUAGUUGACAUUGCAAGUAGUGAACGCGGUCAGAUUUUUUCGGCAUUGUCCAAAUAUAUUCCACUAUUUCAAUCACUAGUGCCUUUGCUGUGCAACUUCGUCUUGUCACUUGUUCCAAAUACCUUACUGAAUACAAUUAUCCAUCGCAUUGACGGCCUCACAGGCCAUUGUGCGGACGUCACGACUGCGUUCCUUAAGUCUAAGCACGGCGUCACGCAAGCAUUGUACAUGGGCGCUGACGAGAUGCGGCAAAUCAGUUCUGACAAAUGGGACGAGGAAAUAUGGGGUGCUGCUCACCCAUCCAGAACAGGAAUUCCACGCCCCAAGAUGUUCUUCUAUUUUGGAGAAAAGGAUCAUUGGGUUGCUGAUCGGACGAGGGAGGACUUGAUGAAGUUUAGAGGAAGGGGAAACGGAGGGGACCAUUGGAAACCAAAGAUGGAGAUUGAUCAGAACGGGAUACCACAUGGUUUUUGCAUUUCGCAUAGCAUACCAAUUGCAGAAAAAGUAAGGCAGUAUGUAAAAGAGAUAGUAGAAGCUUCUCCGUUGUAGCUGCGGUGUCACAAG